AUGGAUUCAAAAUCGGAUGUUCGACAGCAACCAGCUAAUCCUAAUUCUGCGCCACUACUGCCUGCAUUACAAGUGGCAACAUCGGCUCUACCUGGACCAGCUACUAGUACAAGCUCAUCAGUAAGCAAAGAUCCACAGCCAAACAUCGCUCUUACCAAUUUUAAUUUCGGCGCUUUUCAGUUAUCAGCAACCAAUGCGAACGUUAACACUACAGCAAAUAUGGUUCCCAUUUCACAGAGGAACAUUUUUUAUGACACAAGCAGUACUUCGAUACAAACGCAUAAACAGCAAAUCACUCAUCAAACCGGGAUGAAUUUGAACGCUAAUUCAUUUCAUGCUACGGCACCAACUCAUUCGUCGACAACGACCACAACUGUAAAGGAGGAGGUAAAGCCAACAACGUUAAAUUCAUCGUGCUUCAGUUGCUCAUCAUUACGACUACCGACGUGUCAUACAACAGCAUUUGGACAACCUGAUCCGUAUCAAAUCUUGGGUCCGACAAGUAGUCGACUGGCAAGUGCAGGUAGUGGACAAAUUCAACUUUGGCAGUUCCUUCUGGAGUUGCUGUCAGAUAGCCGCUAUGCGGAAUCUAUCACUUGGGAGGGUACGAAUGGUGAAUUCAAGUUAGUUGAUCCAGACGAUGUGGCUCGUCGUUGGGGUGAACGAAAAAGCAAGCCAAAUAUGAAUUAUGACAAAAUGAGCCGGGCGUUGCGAUACUACUAUGAUAAAAAUAUUAUGUGUAAGGUGCAUGGAAAGCGAUAUGCUUACAAAUUCGAUUUUCAAGGAAUAGCGCAAGCUCUACAACCGCAAACAAAUACCACUUCAUCAGAUCUGUUCCAGCAAUCACGACUACAUUCUUCAGAAUUCAUCCAUGCACCGUGGGCUACCGCAAAUUAUCGCACACUUAUGACACCUCAAUUCCAGGCAUCUGCUGCAGCAGGGGCUUUGUUCAAUCCACCGGUUGGCUAUGCUAGUUUUGGUACAUCCGGUAAUGGUGCCCUGCAGGCACGUAAUUUUCCGCUCUAUGCGUCAUCCAGUUACCCUAAAUGUAUAUAG